AUGAAGCGGCUGCAGAAUCUCCUCGGGGACGUCGCAAAAUGCUUCGGUGAUUUCGUUCAGGGCGGGUGCGUCGCUUCGCUAUGUCACAGGCGCGACGUUCGCAUGGGCAUUGCGGCAGGCAUUUUGCUGCGAGAACACUUCGCUGCCUGUGGCGCGUUGCGUGUGGAGGUUCUCUGCGUGGUGUUCAUCUGCUACUGGAAGUGGGCGCCCGCGCGCAUCCUCCACUAUGUGCUUCGCCACAGGGGCGAACUGCUGGCGGCCGACGCACAGGGGCGCGCAGCCUUGUACGAGCGCGCGUGGCAGGAGGCCAUGGCGAUUGUGCAACCCAAGGAUUUUGCGGUCGCUGCCAAUCGCCGCGAGGCCACCGUGGAGCUCGUACCGCGAUCGAAGGUGCGCGCUUUGGGCGGCGCGGCCGCUGGUUUCUUCACUUAUCGCCUCGUGAUGAAUCCGGCCAAGAGGAGGACAGGGCAGUGUGAGUUCCAAAUCCUCAUGGACGACUUGCGCGCUGGCCGUUUGGAGGUUGCCACCGAACUUGUAGCGGCAUCCUUUGCUAUGUCUGGCGCGCCCGCUGCCUCUGGGGCAGCGUACGUCGAAAACGAAGUGCAUCUGCGCGCGGUGGGGCUGUGGUCGCAUGCGACGCAUGCGCGCACAGCGUUCUUGCGAUGGCUUUUCAGGGCAGAAGAUGUCCGACGGAGUUUCUCCGAGAGGGAUUGGCUUUUGCUUGCUGGCAUGGGCUCUGGCCUUGAGAAAGGGAUCGAGGCUGUCGGGUAUAUCGGAUACGAGGACGCCGUGCAGAUUUGCACACUUAUCUCUCAGGAUUUGCGGGCUGCCUCUGGCGCCGCGCAUGAACUAGAUGAUCUCAUUUGCUUCCUCUGCCUUUCCCAGAGCGACAUGGGGGUGAUCCAAGACCUGGAACUUCUGUCCAUGGCGAUCGUGCGGCGCGCGCUCAAGUUGGAGCUGAACCGCGAUCACGUCGACGCCAUGGCUAAGCACUUCCGCGAAGGAGGGUGUUUGCACCGUCCUCGCGUUGACAGUGCGGAGCGCUUCAUUCUCAUGCGCAUGUGGUGCUGA